CCCCCGGGCAAUAGGGGAUCAUGGGGCCCCUGUGUCCUUGCCCAAACUCAAAAAAGCCUAUGCAAAAGGUACCAGGGGCAUCUCUGACGCCGGGCCCUCGGGCAGUGCCCGAGUUUCCAAAUGGUCAGUCCGCCCCUGCGAUGGAAUGACAAGCGGCUGUGCUAUACAAUGAUAUCUCACUGGAUUGGGGACAGGUGAGUAUAAUAGGCUAUGAUAUAAGUGUAAUAUGACCAGUGAUGCAGCUACACAUGAAAGCAGAUGUAAUCCUUAACUGAAUUAUUUUG